AUGAAAAAAUGUUGUUGUAAUUUUUUUUUAAUUAAUAUAUAAAUGAUUUAAUUACUUGCCUAACUACAUCGUUUUCGACUGCCUUACAAUUCGAUUGGUCCAAGUGCAACUGUCAAGCACCUGAUAGCAUGAGCAUUGGGUUUUCCGACGUUUUUGGUAUUUUUUUUUAGUAAUAGCACGGGUUCUUAUUGCCUAAGAGGUUGAUACCGUGACUGAAAAGUUUUUGAGACCAAAAAUCAACACUUCUCGUGAUCCAGGAAUCGAACAUUGGCUUUGUUUCGUAGUCUUACUAGCGAGUUUAUCCAAUAGCAGUAAGUAGUAGUUUGGUCAAUAGUAAGGGUUCAUUGUAAUUAUCAUUUCAAGGUAUUUGGUACCCAUGGGCAAUCCAGAUGGCAUUGAAUUCACUCAUAACAUUCGCACGCGUCGGCCUUUGAACUCCGUUGAUUGGACACAGAAUGUAUCAGUAAGGGCAGAGACUCGUCCAUCAGAAUGGCAUAAGAAUGUUGAUCUGGAAAAAGAACAAAAAGAUAGACGCUGUUUUGGGACAAACAUUAAUCGGAAUUUCGCUUAUCAUUGGCAAGAUGACGUUCAUAAAACUCCCACGCGGUGUUGCCAGUACUAUCCCGGUCAGAAACCAUUUUCCACCGCCGAAGCACAAGCAGUUCGAAAAUAUGUAGAUAAAAUGGGAGAUUUUAUCAAUUUGGCUAUACAUUUACACGCCAGUUUUAUACCCAAAAAGGAAUAUAUCCUUUAUCCAUGGCGUUACUCAUUACGUACACCGAGCAACUAUCGCACUCUACAAGACAUCGGUGAAUAUGCAGCUAGGCAAGCACGCCUACCGGAUGGACGACUGUAUGAGGUGCACCAAAGCAGUAACGACGAGCGUGUAGCAGGAACACUGAUUGACUACAUCAGUGGUGUGGUAGGCAUUGACCUCGUAUUCCUCAUUAAGCCUUACCACGAAAUGUUCCCUAACUUCACGGACACAAGCGACCUUGGAGUGUACGUGAAGAAGUCUAUAUCGACGGUGCUAAGCUUGGUGCGCGCUUGGCGCAGUAGCACGAAACAAAACACACUCUCCUUCUUCGGCAGAGAUGUCGAGUUCUGAACACAUUUGGUUAUAUUAUUCAGAGAUUGAUAAUAAAC